CGCAUAAGCAGAACGGACCAACCAAAAAAACGACCAAAAAGAGAACCUGUCAAAAGCUAGCCAUGGAGGGCUUCGAAAACAUCAGUGACGAGCUCAAGGCUCUUCUAUCGCAGCAUUUCCAAGUCGUCGCCACCAAUUCUCAACGUCAAGACCAAUGGUAUAAGCGAUCUUAUCAAUCAUUCGCAGCAGAGCAUGGCAAUCGCGAGCCACUUAUCUUGGUACCACGAGAAUCUCGAGAAGAAUGGGUUCCCCACGUUCGCCGCUUCGCGAGAAUGUUGGCUGCUAAAGUGAUAGCUGCGGGCGAGGCCCAGACUUCUCGUCCAAGAGUUAAUACUUUUGAUACUUCAGACUCGAAGCUUUUCUCGGACAGAGUUCUCGACGCGAUUCAUACCGAACCUCUCAGUCGAGCUGUCAGAGGGAGAGAACAGCUACGACCAGUUGCGAUGCAAAUCACGCGAUGGACGUCUACGAGUGGAUAUGUCUUCAGCGGCUCCGAACGGAUCUUGGGCAUCAAGGGACUCAUCGCGUGCGGAGAAGUCGAUGUACUGCUCCGCUUGGCAACAUUACCGCAGACACAUCCACCGAAAGAAACCACAAUAGAUUCUUCGCGGUGGAGAUACCUGAACAGAGACUGGCAGGAUGCCAUCGAUACUGUUCUCUCCAUUAUGUGGUUUCUCGGGGCUAUGGAGUCCUUUCCUGAGGACUUCAAUGUUGAUGACGGUUAUAAGUAUUGGGCCCCCAUAGCAUUCCGCAAUUAUCUUUCGCGCUUCCAACCAUAUAUUGAAGCCCAUGGCGGCAAGAUACCUAACACGACCGAAGGGAUACAGAAGGAAAUAUCUCAGUGCGUAAAAGCCUUGGUUGCAGCACACGCAUUCUCUUCCAAAGCUGGUUACGAUCCCAUUCAGUGGGAAGACUGCAUAGUUGAUGGUUUCUUGUACAUACUUGGUUUUGAGGCUUGGAAUCGAAGCAGAGAGGGUGCAGGCUAUCUGAACUGUGACCUGAAUGUCACUAAGACCGCAAAGUCACUACGUACUGUUUGCCAGGGAGAAGAUGAUGGCGAUGUUGAAGAAGACGCGCUUCAAAGCAAGGGGACUGCUGGAAAGUCCAAAGACCCCCUCAAACUGAGAGAACCAAAGAAGGAGAUGGCUCCUGAGUUAGACGAGGAGGAGCAAGAGGAAUUGGAUAAGCUGGCUGCUUUGGAGACUGACGAGAGGAACUACGGACGGAAGAGAAGCACGAAGUAUAUGACGAGGCACAAGUAUUAACUCAUAGUUCUGCACGAUUAACUAUGCACUAUAUCAUCUUUUUCCGGUUGACUCGGCUUGAAACCUGCGACUGACAUGACUGGGAAUGAGCUCUGGGGAUAAACACUCUCAGCCAAAGCGAGGCAUAUACCAGCCACCACCGAACUUGGUAUGUAUGACUAUCUUAUUGUGGCUCAUGCAUACGGAACUUUUACAGUGGCUUUGUUCACUAGGAAACCCUG